AUGAACAGGAAAAGGGCUUACCAGAUUACAACUCCGGCUCCGUCGUUCAAGCACGUCUCGGGGAGACGACUCAUGAACAGAAAAACGCCAACUCAAGUAUCGUCGCACAAGGAAGAUCAUCAUGACAAAGACAGGACAAAAGCUGCAGAACUCUCAAAAGAAAGGCUGGGUCAUACGGAGGAGGCUAAAACUGCCAAAAAGAAACGUUUUCAAUCAAACAUUGGAAGAAUCAAACGCCUUUUCUCGGGACAAAUGCUUUACCGCUGCAGUGUUUUACGGGUCAGUCUCGAUGCAGCUGUUGUUCUUGAUGCAGUCUCACUUGAUUAG